AUUCUUCUGUUUGUAAUUUAUGUUGGUAUUUCCAGGUUUGGAGCAAGCCGUGGUGGUCCUCUUCCUCCAAAGAAGUUUGGUAACCCAGGGGAGCGCUUACGAAAGAAAAAAUGGGACUUAAAUGAACUGCCCAAGUUUGAGAAGAAUUUUUACGUGGAACAUCCAGAAGUGGCCAGGCUUACUCCAUAUGAAGUUGAAGAACUGAGAAGGAAGAAAGAGAUAACAAUUCGAGGAAUGGAGGGCUGCCCCAAGCCUGUGUUUGCCUUCCACCAAUGCAGCUUUCCACAGUAUGUGAUGGAUGCCCUGAUGGACCAGAAUUUCACAGAACCCACUCCAAUUCAGUGCCAAGGCUUUCCACUUGCUCUCAGUGGUCGUGAUAUGGUGGGCAUUGCACAGACUGGCUCUGGGAAGACACUCGCAUACCUGUUGCCUGCAAUUGUUCACAUCAACCACCAGCCAUAUUUGGAGAGAGGGGAUGGCCCAAUUUGCCUGGUUCUUGCACCUACCAGGGAGCUGGCCCAGCAGGUGCAGCAGGUGGCUGAUGAUUAUGGCAAAUGUUCAAGGCUGAAGAGUACCUGCAUUUAUGGAGGAGCACCCAAAGGUCCCCAGAUCAGAGAUCUAGAAAGAGGUGUGGAGAUCUGCAUUGCUACACCGGGUCGCUUGAUUGACUUCCUUGAGGCAGGGAAGACCAACCUUCGUCGGUGUACAUACCUCGUGCUGGACGAAGCAGACAGGAUGUUAGACAUGGGCUUUGAACCCCAGAUCCGCAAAAUUGUUGACCAGAUCAGGCCUGACAGACAGACCCUGAUGUGGAGUGCCACCUGGCCCAAAGAAGUGCGCCAGCUUGCUGAGGACUUCCUGCAGGACUAUGUUCAGAUCAACGUGGGGAACUUGGAGCUGAGCGCCAACCACAAUAUCCUGCAGAUAGUGGAUGUGUGCAUGGAGAGUGAGAAAGACCAUAAACUGAUACAGCUAAUGGAAGAAAUCAUGGCGGAGAAGGAAAAUAAGACCAUCAUCUUUGUGGAGACAAAGAGACGAUGUGAUGAUCUCACUCGAAGGAUGCGCAGAGAUGGUUGGCCAGCUAUGUGUAUCCAUGGAGACAAGAGUCAGCCAGAAAGAGAUUGGGUGCUUAAUGAGUUUCGCUCUGGAAAGGCUCCUAUCCUCAUUGCUACCGACGUUGCAUCUCGUGGGCUAGAUGUGGAAGACGUUAAAUUUGUGAUAAACUACGACUAUCCGAACAGCUCUGAGGAUUACGUGCACCGCAUUGGCCGCACCGCGCGCAGUACCAACAAAGGUACCGCGUACACGUUCUUCACACCAGGAAACCUGAAACAAGCCAGGGAGCUUAUCAAAGUGUUGGAAGAAGCCAAUCAAGCCAUCAAUCCAAAGCUGAUGCAGCUUGUGGACCACAGAGGAGGAGGAGGUGGUGGUGGAGGAGGUCGUUCUCGUUACCGAACGAGCAGUUCAGUAAACAACCCUAACCUGAUGUACCAGGAAGAGUGUGACAGGAGGCUCCGGGGAGUGAAAGAGGGCCGGAGAGACUCAGGUGGCUUCAGAGACCGUGAGCGUGGUGACAGUUACGCCAACGGAGCCAACAAGACCUAUGGCAGUGCCUACGGGAGCCCAAAUUCCGCUUUUGGGGCAGCACAGAGCCAGUAUGGUUACACUCAAGGGAGCUAUGGAGCAGCUGCCUAUGGCACGAGUGGCUAUGGCACUGCGGAGUACAGUGCUAGUGGCUAUGGUGCCAGCACCACAGCUGCCACCGCUGGGAGAACCUCACAGAGCACUACCCAACAGCAGUAUGCAGGGAUGGUGGGGCGCUCAGGCCAGCAGCCGCAGCCGCUCAUGUCACAACAGUUUCCUCAGCCCCCUGCCACUAAUGUGAUGGGCUAUAUGGGACAGACUGCCACCUACCAGUACCCACCCCCGCCCCCACCCCCUCCACCCUCACGCAAAUGAGACCACUCGCCUGCUGGUGACCAGUGUUAGACCUCUUGCAUUUAAAGGAACCUUUUCUUUCUCUUCUUUCCCAUUGUGAUGUCUCUCUCAUGCAGGCUAGGCUUAGAAUUCACCGUUCCAAUCCCUUGAGCCCAUCGAAAAUGGCCCCCAGUAAUCCACAUUACUGACCCUAUCUUUUUUUUUUCCUUUUUUUUUUUUUUUUUUUUAAAAAGAGAUAUAUAUAGUUGACUGGAAAAUUUAUUAUUUUUUGUCUUGCAUGUUGAGGAAAUUGGAAAUUUUAUUUUCUCUAAAAUAAAUGAGUAUAAGGCAGAUAGGUCCCAGCUCGAUCAUCUUGGUGUCUAAGGUUUGUGUGAAAAAAAAAACCAACUUGCUUUGAGGGGAGGAAGUUUCUAUUCUGUAAUACAUUAACUUAAUUUCAGGAAGUAUCCAGAGAGGUGGGAACCUUUGGGGAGCCAAAAAGCAGUUCAUUUAACACGAUAAAUGCAAGGGAGCAAUGCUCGCUUUUCCUAAUCUUAAUAUAUUUUUUUAAAGUAGCUCACUAUUGUUGCUUGUAAUCUAUCAUAGGUAACUCUCUAUAGGAAAACUCUGCUCGUUUGUCUCAGUGCAGUGGUGUUCUGAGUAAAUUGUUGGCAUUCUCUGCAGCUCUGGUAGCAGCAGCCCAUCUUCUGGUACCUGUAGGAGGUAUCUGCAGUAGGGAGGUUGAGAUUAAAACCCCUGUGUUGAAGACCAAACUUGUCUCGCAUUCAAUACCUGAAAACUAGGUAAAGUCACUGUAGGGCAUUACUGCUGUGGUGUUCAGCCAAGUAAGUCCUUUCUCUUGCAGUUGUUAAACUGCACAGUCGUUAAUGCCUGAAACCUGGCUACCCUUAAACUAGUUUCUGCUCUCAAGUUCCUACUGUUGGGUUUAUGGAGAUAAGUCUUAUUUGAGAGCCCAGAAACCGAAUGGAAUGAAGACCACCAACAGCGUAUCUUGUUUGUCUUUCCUUGGUGAACAAAGUCACUUCUUGCCAUGGGAAAUGCUCUGAAUGCUGCUACACUGAGCAAAAUGGGAUGGAGUUUUCCACCUCUAUAAGGUUUGAAUAGGGUGGGUUGAGGGGACGGGCGAGGGGAGGAAGGGCGGAGGAGGAGAUUGCCUGGAAUCUCCUUUCCACGAGGUAAGGAGUGAGCUGGUUAGUGCAUCUUAAUUCUGAAGCUUUCUUUCUUUUGUACCUUGCUCUGACUAUUGCUUUUCCUGGCUUUUGAGUGCAUUUCCCCGUUCCAUUGGUCCCUUUGAGCUCAGCUCUUGCAGGUAGGUAGCAUUUUAGAAAAUGUUAGAGAAGAGUGAAAUUUUAGUAAAUAAGUAAAUAAAUUGUUUAUUUUACAGGCUAAGGUGGGUGUGUGUGUUGGGGGGGAGGGUUUCCCCUUUAGUAAAGCAUGUUGUCGACUUGUUAUUUCUAAUAUGAGACGGUUCAGAGAUGGUAGAUGAUGAGAGAAGUUAGCCGCUCCGUAUCUGAUAACGUGACAAAAGGAAUGGAUACAUCUCCUGGUUUGUGAGGCAUGAACUUUGCAUUAGGAAAAUGCAGAUCCUUGGGUUGUUGGUUUGCUGGGGGGGGGGGUUUCUGUUGUUUUUUUUCUUCCUCCCUGUCGACAUUCUUGCAUAUGGAUGAGCAAGGCAGCCCACCCCUUCCUAACAGAGUGGAACUACUUACAGUCCAGGCAAAAAGCUUGCUUAUACAGAUUAUUUUUUUUGUUUUAAAUUCCCAGAGUAUUAAUUUUGUGAUCUAAAUGCACAUUGGUUUGUGCAGCACACAGGUAGGUUGCUGACACAGAGGGAGAAGGGAGAGAUUUUUUUUCCAGACCCUUGCUUCCCUCAUCCCCUCUUCAAAUUCCAUUGCUUAGGCGAGCAAUGAAAGCCAGAAACAUUUCAUUUAGCCGGGCACUGACUGAUCUGUCUUUGGCCUCCCUCACAAGCAAGCGUAGAGGUUUAUUAUUAUUAUUUUUAAUGCAGAAAUGUGUCUGAGGGGUGUAGGAGUAGGGCAUCUUGCUGACUGGCUUUAGAAAGGGUCUCUGGGCCACCGAAGCUGCCUUAUAGUUUGCUAUCGCUUUUACUUCAUUUGGGGGGGGACUUGUGCACAUGUAAACAUACACAUGCCAAGUCUUGCAGUGCUUUAUUGUUACUGAGGUCAGCUGAAGUCCAGGGUCUGGGUUCAGUUUGGAGUGUUAAGCAGAUUGCUGAGCGCUGAAACGCACCUUGGCACGUGCUGCCCCUGUCCCACCUGGUGCUUGCUCCUCUGUUCCAACACCAGCUGGAGGGCCCUUGUUGAUAAGCAUUAGCCUCUGGUAUGGUUUGCGUUUGUUUUCAAUCUGUAACAAGUUCUGUGGGAGUGUCGUAAGGACUCGGGUGUCUCCUCCCCUCCCACUUCCUGAAGCAAUUUACUGUUUGGACUUCUCUGAGCAAUGGAAGGGUUAGUGGCUUUGUGUGGGACCAGCAUCUCGUUUCACACGUUUGCUGGUCUCUGAACACAUUCCUGUUGUAUUAACCAAGACUUGAAUUGAGAGAUUCAUAGAUCCGUGGUGUUCAGGCACAGGAUACUAAGAGCUAUGUUACUAUUCUUAGUUUGUAAAUUGUCCUUUUGAUACCAUCUUGUUUUCUUUUGUAGGUAUAAAUAAAAACACUGUUGUCAAUAAA